AUGGGUCGGGUCUACGCUAUUGCAAUCGCCGCAUUUGCGGCAACUGGCUCGUUCCUGUUUGGGUACGACAGUGGUGUCAUGACCGAUGUGAUCGAGUCGAAAAACUUCCUCGCCUACUUCAACACUACGCAGACAUCUGCUAUUGUCGGGGCUAUCAACAGCACGUUCUCUGGCGGUGCUGCCAUUGGGGCCCUCCAGGGAGGUCUGACCAUGGACCGAUUUGGUCGUAAAUUCACCAUUCAGAUGGGUGCCGUAAUUUGCCUCGUUGGUGCUAUUCUACAGGCUGCGGCGAAAAAUCUUGCUAUGAUCUUAGUUGGUCGAAUUCUGGCCGGGUGGGCCGUGGGUCUCAUGUCCAUGUCGGUCCCCGUCUAUCAAGCCGAGCUGGCUCAUCCAAAGUACCGUGGUUUCAUUAUCGGUCUAGCUCAGCAGAUGAUCGGUAUUGGAUUUAUUGUCAGCACCUGGGUUGGAUUCGGCUCGCUCCAUGCCCCUGUCACCAGUGAAUUCCAAUGGCGCUUCCCUCUGGCGUUCCAGACCGUUCCUGCGCUGCUCCUCGUCAUUGGAAUGUUCUUCUUCCCGGAGUCGCCGCGUUACUUGGUGGAGAAGGAGCGCUACGAAGAAGCGCAAAAGGUCCUCCGGAGGUUACACUAUGACGGGACAAAUGAGGAGUGGAUCAACUCGGAAUAUAACGAGAUCAAAUCAACGAUUGAGGCAGAGAAAGCCAUCACGGCUCCGGGCUGGGCCAUUAUGUUCAAGGUUCCCCAAUGGCGGAUGCGGUUGCUACACGGUACUCUCGUCCAGGUCUUCACCCAGAUGACCAACAUCAAUGUCAUCAACUACUAUCAAACCAUCAUGUACAACUCACUUGGCAUUACGGGAGGGCGGAACAUCCUGGUGACGGGUAUCUACAAUUGUGUUGGACCCCUGACGAACUUGAUUUUCAUCAUCUUCUUGUCCGAUCGAGUGGGACGCCGCAAGCCGAUGAUGUUCGGGGCGGUAGCUAUUGGCAUUGUACUGGUUUGCCAAGCGGCUCUAAACUCCCAGAACGUGGACGGAACCAAGCAUGGCUACAGUAUCGGAGGUGUCUUCUUCAUCUUCUGCGUCACGGUCAUCUUCUCCUUGUCGUUUGGACCAUGCAGCUGGACGUACAUGGCCGAAGUCAUGCCGAUGCAGAUCCGAGGUACCGGCAACGCCUUUGCGACGGGCGUUGGCAACUGGGCUGUCAGUACGUUGUGGGCGCAGGUGUCGCCGAUUGCCCUGGGCAGCAUCGGAUGGAAGUUCAACUUUGUUUUUGCCGCCUUCAAUCUGCUGGUCACCUUCCCCACCAUUUACUUUCUCUUUGUCGAAACGAAGCAAAAGUCUCUUGAAGAGAUCGAUCUGCUCUUCGGAGGACGGGCUCUGGGUACUUUGCCGGAGCAGGUGAACGAGAAACAGGAGGAGACGCAGGGGUCGGCGACGAACAUCGAGCACACUGGAGUGUGA